AUGAAUAUAGUUGUUACUGUUAAAACGUCUGAGAUUGGUCCUCGAGGUCUAGUAGACUCUUCAUCGUAUCCAAUGUCGGUUGAUAUACAAAAGUCCGUAUCCCUCUUACGCAAAGGAUUCGAUGAAGGUAUUUUACGGACAGUGGAGUCGCGUAAAUCUGCUCUUCGGAACAUCGUGAGGUUAUUUUCGGAAAAUGAAGAAAGCUUAGUUAAAGCACUUGAGGAAGACUUACAUAGAUGUCGAGCGGAAGCGUUGUGUACUGAUAUUGAUAAUUCAGUUAGUGAGGCGAAAAUAAUGCUCGCCAAUAUCGAUUCGUGGUUGAGGGAAGAGAUAGUACCGUCAACAUUCAUCUCAAGUAUGGAUACGGUGACUAUUCAAAGACAACCCUUUGGUGUGGUAUUAAUUAUCAGUCCUUGGAACUUUCCAAUUGUCCUAACCUUUCAACCUAUGAUUGGUGCAAUAGCUGCAGGAAAUUGCGUUUUGAUAAAACCGUCAGAAAUCACACCAGCUUGUUCACAGCUGAUUGCUAAGCUUGUUCCAAAGUACUUGGAUGAGCGUAUAUGUCAAGUUAUAUGCGGAGAUGCUAGUGUUUGUAAAUCGAUUCUAGAUACUCAGCAUUUUGACUUCAUAUUUUACACUGGUAGUACAGCUGUUGGACGUGAAGUUUAUAUGGCUGCGGCAAAACAGCUUACUCCUGUAGUUUUGGAACUCGGAGGAAAGUGUCCGGUUUAUAUUGAUUCUAAUGUCAAUUUGGAUAUGGCUGUUAGACGCAUUCUCUCCAGUAAACUUUUAAACUGUGGACAGAUAUGUAUUGCUCCAGAUUAUGUUAUAUGCCAUGAAGACAUGCUACCAAAAUUCGAGGAAAAAAUUAAAAUAAUUUUGGAAGAGUUUUUUGGUAAUGAUCCUCAAAAGAGUCCUGAUUUGGCGCGUAUUAUUAAUGAGAGACAUUUUAAACGUCUUUCAAAUUUACUGAAUCAAACCAAGGGGAAAAUUGUAAUCGGUGGCAAACUAGACGAGGUUGACAAGUAUAUCUCUCCAACAGUUGUAUUCAACGUUGAAAGUGAUGAUGUAUUGAUGCAAGAUGAGAUUUUCGGACCUAUACUGCCUGUUUUGAGUGUAAAGUCACCUUCUGAAGCAAUUCAAAUCAUUAAAUCCAGAGAAAAGGCAUUAGCUGUUUACGUUUUCACUCAGAAUAAGUCAUUGUUCAAUGAUUUUAAACAUGCCACCUCCAGUGGUGCGAUUAUGAUGAAUGACUGUCUUAUGCAUAUAGUCAUACCGAAUAUUCCUUUCGGUGGUGUGGGUCAUUCAGGAAUGGGAAGUUAUCAUGGUCGUUAUUCGAUUGAAGCAUUCUCGCAUCGUCGUCCGGUUAUCCUUAAGUCAGAAAUCGAGUUCAUUAAUAGAAAGAUCCGUUAUUACCCGUACACUGAAAGCGGUUUAAAUUGGUUACGUUGGUCUCUGAAGAAGUCAGAAAGUAAUGGAUGCCAAAUAUUGUAA